UAUGAGUGUAUGAAGAUAGUGUAAUACUUGACUCAACAAACUCGUUUUUCAUAUCUUUCAUUUCAUUCAUUGUUCCGCCGUAAGCGUCCUUCGCUCAUUUCAUAUCGUGCGCGUUAAUCUGCUACUGGAACAAUGAGCAGCCGUUCAAGGAGAACUCUUUAUGUGGGUAACCUUCCUGGGGAUAUCAGAGAGAGGGAAGUUGAAGAUUUGUUUUAUAAGUAUGGACCCAUUGCUCAUAUUGACUUGAAGAUUCCACCAAGACCUCCAGGUUAUGCAUUUGUUGAGUUUGAGGAGGCUCGCCAUGCUCAAGAUGCUAUAGAUGGCCGUGAUGGUUAUGACUUUGAUGGACAUCGUCUGCGGGUUGAACUUGCUCAUGGUGGGCGUGGGAACUCAUCAUCAACUGACCGCUAUAGUAGUCACAGUGGUGGAGGACGCCGUGGCGUUUCUAAACAUACUGAGUAUCGUGUGGUGAUAAGUGGAUUACCUUCUUCUGCUUCCUGGCAAGAUUUAAAGGAUCACAUGCGGAAGGCAGGAGAUGUUUGUUUUUCCCAAGUUUUUCGUGAUGGUGGUGGUACUACUGGGAUUGUAGAUUACACCAAUUAUGAAGACAUGAAGAAUGCUAUCAGGAAGCUUGAUGACUCAGAAUUUCGCAAUGCAUUUUCCCGGUCAUAUGUUCGUGUGAAGGAAUAUAAAGGCAGUCGUAGUCCAAGGGGUAGGAGCAAAAGCCACAGUCGAAGCAGAAGCCGAAGCCGUGGUCGUAGUUAUAGUAGGAGCAGAAGUCCAAGCAAAUCCCCCAAGAAGGCCUCACGCCGGUCACCUGCUAGAUCUCGUUCUCGAUCGGUAUCAUCUAAGUCUAGAUCAAGGUCUCCCUCUUUGUCUAGAUUUGGAUAUGUGCAGCAAUGUUGGGAUUGCAAAUUAGGAUCUGGAUAUUUGCGGCUUUAUGGGGAUUGCAAAUUAGGAUCAGGAUGGGUUAUUUUUCAAAUGUCUCAAAUCUUUUGGUUGUGAGAUUUGGGACACAGAAGAUCAUGGACUGCCUUAUUAAAGCUGGAUUACUGGACUAAUUGCUUAUUGGAUAUUGGAGCAAUCUGGAUUCUUUGGAUUUGUUCGUACAAUCUGGAAGGGAUGCUCUGCUUCAUAUCUAUGAUGCAUUGACUUGUAGUGUGGUGCUGUUCCAAAAGGUUUACGUUUCAUGUAGAGGGCUUGUUUGCCUGGUUUUAUAGAUGUUAAAAGCUUUAAUAUUUUAAUCCCUUGCUAAAGAUACUUUUCUUUUUGUUCCUGCCUGAGUAUGAAUAUGGUUACACUGUCAUGCGAGAGGAAUCAAGGCUUUUGGGUCAAGGUCUGAAAGAUUGUUGAGGACAUGUGGAUAAUAAAUUGCAUUGUUUCUGGAACUUUUGCAGAUCACGAUCAAGGUCCAGGUCCCCAGUGCCAACU